AUGGACGGUCUCUGCCUCGCCGACUUCUCCGAGGCCCCAUCGGCGGUGCAGCCCAGCACCUCGGACAGCUCCAGGGACGCGCGCACGCCUCCGGGCGCAGGAGCCCUUCCCCCGGCCGCUCCCCUGGGCGAGUCCCCCCGCGGGGACCCCCGAGAGGGUCCCCUGAGCUUCCUAGAGCUCCCGGAAGUGCCGGCGGCGCGGGGCGGGGCUCCCUGUGGGCGCGGCGCGCGCUUCCGGCUCUCCCGCCGGGGCCCGGGAAGCGCACAACCAGCCAGCCGCGCCCCCCGCCGCUCUCGGUACCCUGGCCGGCGGCCUCGACCCCCGGCGCCCGAGCUUCGUCCGUGCGAGAGGAGGGCGCCCCCGGCCUGCUGGGCCCAGGGCCUGGACGGCCACAGGCCAGACCAUGAGGACGGAGUUCAGAGUGAGGAGCAGAUUCCGGGGCAGAACCGCAGGUGGCAGCCUCCAAGCAGGGAAAAGCCUCCCCAGUGCCGCAAGUCGGACCUGGUGAAGCACCAGCGGGUCCACACUGGCGAGAAGCCCUACGCGUGCGGCCACUGCGGGAAGGCCUUCGUGCAGAGCUCUCACUUCAUGCAGCACCUGCGGUUCCACAACAGCAAGAAGCCCCUUGCGUGUCAGCAGUGCGGUCAGGCCUUCAGCCAGAGCUCCAGCCUCGUUCAGCACCAGCGGGUCCACACCGGGGAGAAGGCCUACCAGUGCAGCGAGCGCGGCCGCGCCUGCAGGGCCCUGUCGGGCUGUUUCUGGCACCAGCGCGUCCUCACCCGGGAGAACCCUUUCCGCUGA